AUGUCGUUGCCUGUGGACGGCAGUUGUUCCAUCGGACUGGACGGAUGGAACAGCAGCACUCACGCAGGCGGGUCUCUGCCUUGCAACCAGAGCCUCAAGCUGACGCCUUACUCCCACGAGGCCACAGCGGCCUUUGCCACAGCUAUCACUCUCAUGGUCAUCUUCACUAUAGUGGGCAAUAUCCUAGUCAUCAUGGCGGUGCUGACCAGCCGGUCUCUCCGAGGGCCACAGAACCUGUUCCUAGUGUCUCUAGCUGCGGCGGACAUCCUCGUAGCCACCCUCAUCAUCCCAUUCUCUCUGGCCAAUGAGCUGCUGGGCUAUUGGUACUUCAAGUCUCUGUGGUGUGAGAUCUACCUGGCACUGGACGUUCUCUUCUGCACCUCUUCCAUUGUCCACCUGUGUGCCAUCUCUCUGGACCGCUAUCUGUCCAUCUCCCGUGUCACCUAUGGCCGUCAGCGCACACCCACGCGCAUCAAGGCGGCCAUUGUGGUGGUGUGGCUGAUCUCGUCCAUCAUCUCCUUCCCUCCUCUCCUGUCUCUCAACAAGAGUGAGGGAGGGGCUGAGGGCAGCGAGAAAGGACCCCAGUGCCAGCUGAACGACGAGCGCUGGUACAUCCUGUACUCCACUAUCGGCUCAUUCUUCGCGCCUUGCCUCAUCAUGAUCCUGGUGUAUAUGAGGAUCUACCAGAUCGCCAAGCAGAGGACGCGCUGCCCACCAGGCGAGCCCCGGAAGGAUGGCCUUGCCACACCCAGCCAGACUCUCUGCCAGGUGCAUGCCAAUGGGGUGAAGGCGGGAGACAGCACACCUUCGACACAGCAGAAAACCUCCAAUACCAGACCUCCCACUCUGGCAGUCACCAUUUCUCCCUCUUCCAUCAAACUGGAGAAAGAAUCCCCUUCUUCCCCCCCUACCCCCAACAAUCUCCUCCACCCACCUUCUCCUUCUUUAAGUCCCAAGCCCACCACCAUAUGCCCUCCUUCCUCCCCUCUCACCCCUUCUCCCUCCAUCACACCCCCUCUCUCCACACCUACCAGACCCAAAGAGAGGGGGGGUAAAAAGGGCAAGAGUCGAGGGGGCAAGAAGGCUGACAAUAACAACGACACCUCCAGUUCAGAGGGUGACCCGGAGCCUGGGCAGAGAGGGGGUCGAGGGGCCAGUGGGGUGGGGUCACUCAUGGGGGGGGGCAUCCACUCCCCCCCCACCUUGCAGCGCUAUCGGGACAUGAUUACGACCUCCAAAGGGUCCAGGCUGGUGGUGGGGCGAAGGUCCAAGCCCGAAACCACCCCAAGUGCAGCCCGGCGUAAGGCCAUGGUGAACCGGGAGAAGAGGUUCACGUUUGUGCUGGCGGUGGUGAUUGGCGUGUUCGUGGUGUGCUGGUUCCCCUUCUUCUUCUCUUACUCACUGCAGGCGGUGUGUCCUCAAGCUUGCGCUCUCCCAGAGCCCCUUUUCAAGUUCUUCUUCUGGAUUGGCUACUGCAACUCUUGUCUCAACCCUGUCAUCUACACCAUAUUCAACAAGGACUUCCGGAAGGCCUUCAAGAAAAUUAUUUGUCAGAACUGCAAUGGGACCUUCUUCUAG